AUGGCUUCACCGGCAGCCCACAAACCGCGGCGGCGGCGCAAAAUCGAAGAAGGCUCUCUAGCCCAAGUCGCACACGGAACUCUCGAUCUCGACCAAUCCACAAAUGAGCGUAAGCCCGCAUUCCCGCUCGUCGCCUUCCUCUGGCCUGCCAAGGGCACCGUCUCGCAAUGGGUCACAAUCCCCCUUAUCUUGAUGGCCGUGGGCCUAUUCAGGUGGACCGUCAGCUUAUGGGGAUAUUCGGGAUAUCAAUCGCCGCCAAUGCACGGCGACUUUGAAGCCCAGAGGCAUUGGAUGGAAAUUACCAAACACCUCCCCGUGUCGAAAUGGUACUUUUAUGAUCUGCAAUGGUGGGGACUGGAUUAUCCUCCUUUGACUGCCUACCAUAGCUGGGUACUAGGUGUCAUUGGUUCUGCUAUUGACCCCGACUGGUUCGCGCUCGAUGAGUCCCGCGCUCUCGAUGACCCUUCCCUGAAGAUUUACAUGCGAGCCACCGUCUUCGUAUCCGAAUACCUCAUCUACGUUCCCGCCCUUGUCAUCUUCCUCCGCCGAUAUUCGCGACUAGAAGGCGUAAACAUUUGGGAAUCGUCGAUUGCCUUGGUGGCUAUAUUGAUGCAACCUGGCGCCAUUUUGAUCGACCAUGGACACUUCCAGUAUAACACUGUCAUGUUGGGUUUUGCAGUUGCAACCUUGUCGAGCAUGGUAGCUGGAAGGCCGCUAUGGGCAUGCGUCUUCUUCGUUGGCGCGCUUGGAUUCAAGCAGAUGGCCCUCUUCUAUGCGCCCGCCGUAUUUGCGUACCUCUUGGGCAUUUGUCUUUUCCCAAGGAUCAACAUUGUGCGGUUUCUUGCAAUUGCGCUGACUACUGUCGCCGCGUUUGCUGUACUAUACCUCCCAUUCCUGCUGGGUGUUGCAUACGACGUCUAUACUGGCUUCAACCACGCGCCUCUGGAAUAUCCACCCCUGAUGAACUUGGCGCCUUUCGCCUGGGAUAUGGAGGCUUGGUAUUUCCCCUAUGUUUUGGAGCUAGGCCAGACGAUCCACCGUAUUUUCCCAUUCUCUCGUGGACUUUUCGAAGACAAGGUCGCCAACAUUUGGUGCACGAUUCACACUGUCCACAAGCUUCAUCGCUACCCGAUAGAGCUGCUUCAGCGGCUUGCGCUGCUUGCCACGUCCGCCGCUAUUCUACCACCUUGUUUGAUCAUUUUCUUCAAGCCUAAAAAGCAGCUUCUUCCACUUGCGUUCGCAGCUGUAUCAUGGGGCUUCUUCCUUUGUUCAUAUCAGGUGCACGAGAAGAACGUCCUACUCCCACUUCUGCCUAUGACACUGCUCCUAGGCGGAAAUGAUGGUCUCUUACCUUCUAUUCGCGCAUGGGUGGGUCUUGCGAACAUGCUAGGAAUCUGGACCAUGUUCCCACUGCUGAAGCGGGACGAGUUACGGGUCCCAUACUUUAUCAUAUCUCUUCUGUGGGCCUACCUACUUGGUCUUCCUCCAGUCUCUUUCUCUACAUUCCAUGAAGGUAGUCGAGGUGGGUUGAAUGUGUUCAGCAAAAUGCUCCAUACUAGCAUAUAUCUUGUGAUGGUCGCAUGGCAUAUCGCAGAGGCUUUCUUUCUUCCUCCUGCUGGCAAGCCAGACCUUUGGGUUGUUGCAAACGCGAUUGUCGGAACUGGCGGGUUUGGCAUUUGCUACCUGUGGUGCUUGUGGCAAUUGGUGGUCAAGAGCGAGUUGUUUGGAGGGGCGAAAAGCAAGAAACAGUAA